AUCUGUGGUUAUGCGUUACAAUAGCGUAGUGUCAAAUGUGGUGCUGUUGAAGGAAAGAUGGAAGCCGCCACAGAGGAAGCCGGUGGAAGAAAUCACCUCAACAACGUUUUAUCAGAAACAGAACUUUCUAAUUUGCCUAAUAGUGUCGUAGAAAAAGUCAACUCUUACAUUGAUCAAAAAUUUGGAGAAUAUUUGACAUCAAAAGCUUUAUUUGAGACCACCAAAUCACAAAUUGAUGAAAAAGUUGCUAUUUUAGAAGCUACAGCAACAGAAACAGCAUUAAAGUAUGAAGAUGCAGCAAAAAAGCUUCUUGUUGCUGAGGAGACAAUCUCUGAAUAUGAAAAACAAGUUAAAACCCUUAACACUGAAGUUGAAAAGUACCGUGAAAAGGUUUUCCGAUUGGAAAAUGAAAUCAUCUCCCUUAAGAGUGCUAGAGAUGCUGCAAUUGAUGAAAGGAAUGAUCUGACACGGAUAUUAGAACGACGGGAUACAGAAAUUGAAAGGUUAACAGCAAAUGAAGCAUCUAUUUCCCAGCAAUUACGUGCUGCUAUAGAUUCCAAAUGUGAAGCAUUGGCUUUAAAUGAUGACAUUCAAAGUAAGGAAUUAUCGUUGCAGUACCGUGAAAAACGAUUAGAUCAAGAAAGAGUCCUGCUGAAUUCUCAGAUAAAUAUUCUUAAUGAAGAGGUUGAUAGGCUAACUUCUGAAUUACAAACAGUCAGAUUAAACAAUACCAGCAGGGUUGUGAAUUUAGAAACUCAGCUCGCUGAAAAAGUGGAAGAAUUGAAUGUUGCCAAUGACCAAAUAGCCCAACUAAAUGAAGUAAAAAAGAAUUUAAAUAAUCGUGUUGAAAGUUUGACUCAGAGAUUGAUGGAACAGAGAGAAUUAGAAAAUAAAAUUGCAGAUGGAUACAAAAAAGAACUAGAGGCUAAAACUAAAUUAGCUGACUUGUUUAAAACAAUGAAUGAUGAUGCAGAAGCCAAAACACAGGAGUUAACAGAGGGUAUUGCUGAAUUACAGAAAUUACUUAAUGAUGCAACUGAAAAAUAUGGUGAAUUAGAGACAAAAUAUAAACAAGCUGAGAUUGAUCAUGAGGAAUUAAUGGAAAAGAAAAAUGAAAUAAUUGCAUCAUUAAAAACUGAACUUGAACAUGCCAAUGAUUUAUUAAAAGCUGCAAAUGCUCAAAAUUUGGAAAUGGCUUUGAGUGAUCUUGCCCCUUCAGCAGCUACAGCAAGUAAACUUAUAAAAUCAGGCAUGUCUUUAACUCAGAUUUAUUCUCAAUUAGUAAAAGUAUCAGAAGAAUUAGCUCAAGAAAAAGAAGAAAAUAGACGCCUAAAUAUCACUCUUAACAGAAUUGUGCAGGAAUUAGAAGAAAAAGCACCUGAAAUACAGAAGCAAAAAUCUGAAUAUACGGAAGCUAUGGAAAGCAAUACUGCACUGUCACAACAAAUUGAGUCUCUAACAAUAGAAUGCAACAGACUGAGGGAUGAUUACAAUGAGACUUCAAAAAUUGCUAAUCAUUACAACAGGGAAAAUACAAAAUUAAAAGGGGAAUUAGCUGACUUAGGACGGCAAGUGUGCUUUUUGCUUAAAGAAAUAGAGCAUAGUAGAGGGGGACUUGUUAAUGGUGACCAUGAUUCUUCACAAAGUAAUAGCAAUACAACAAGUUCUUCCGAUCUAAAUUCAUCAAGACUUAUUUCCAAGACUCUAGUUACAUUUACAGAUAUACAAGAAUUGCAAGCCAAUAACCAAAAAUUAUUACGUAUGAUUCGUGAUUUGACUGAUAAGCAAGAAGAAUUAGAACGUCAAAAAGAACAAUUUGAAAGUGGGGAAAUGGAAAACAAAUUAGGAGCUUUAAAACAAAGAGUUUCAGAAUUAACUGAAGCUCAAGAUAGACAAACAAAAAUGGUAAAUGGUCUGAUAAGGCAAAGAGAUAUGUUUAAAAAAUUAUAUCAUGAUCUGAUGAGGGGAAAACGUCAUGAAGUUUCCUCUGUACUUGAUCAGUCUGAUAUGGAUAAAGGUGAAUCUUUUUCAAUGGAUACAUCCCAGGAAGCUAUUACACCUAAGCCUCCGAAUGUUGAAAUAUCUAACAUUGAAGUAAAGUACAAAGAAGUUGAAAAACAGUUAGAAAUGUUAAAAGAAGAAUAUAAGACAUAUAAGGAAGAAAAAAUUACAAAUGAGCGGAUGUUAUUUGAACAGAUAGAUAAUAUGAGACAAGAGAUUUCAAAACUUACUGCAGCCAACAGUAAAUGUGCUUCCACUUUAGAAUAUAACAAUGAACGUCUUAGAAUAUUACAAACAAAUAUAACUACUUAUAAAAAACAAAUUCAAUCAUUAGAAGAAAAGAAUAAGGCAUACAAUUCAACAAUAGCUAAGCAUGAAGUUUCAUUACAACAUCUUAGAGAUGAAGCUUUAAAUGCCCAAAGUAAACUUGCUGCUGCAGAAAUUCAAAUAGAAAAUUUAAAUACGAAAAAUAAGCUUUUAAAAGAUACAGAAUUACGUCUACAAACUGAGAAGGAAGUUUUGAAUAGGGAACGUCAAGGACAAUCUUUACUAUUAAAAAAUCUUGAAUUGAUUAAAGCAAGUCUAGAACGUGUAGAGGCUGAAAACCGUACCAAAAUCGAGUCAAGACUAGAUGAAGCAACAAGAGAAUGUGCAGCACUAAGAAGAAGGCUGCAGGAAGAACAAGAUCGGUUUAGAGAACUAGCAGCUCAUCUUGAACGUCAAACAGAAACUGCCAAGUCAAGAAUGCAGGAAGAAAAAGAUGCCGCAGAUGUAUUGAGAAAAGAAAUUCAACAGCUUAGAGAUGACCUUGUGGAAAAAAAUAAAAAUAAUGAUGAACUUGCUAAAAAAUUACGAGCUGCUUUAGCACCAAGCAGUGACAGUACACUAGACUCCAUUAAGAAAAUAAAAGAACUUGAAAAUAAAUUGUCUGAUAAAGAUAGCGAAAUUUCUUCUUUACUUGAACAAUUAAAUAGAGCUAAAGAACAUGUUAAACAGUAUUGUGAUAUAUCUGAGGAGGCUGAAAAGGAACUUAAAAAUCUCAGUAAAGAAUAUGAAGAUUAUAAAGUUACUACCACAGCAAAACUGGAUGAGAAUGCUAAGAAGUUACAAGCCCUGGAGGACAAAUGUUGUGAACUUGAAGCAGAACUAUCACUACAAGCUAAUGGGGAGUAUUCAACAAUGAAUUCUUCUCUUAAGAAUGAAUUGGCGGCAGUCAGGGAAGAUUUGAGUAAUGCUCUUUCAAAUUAUGAAAGUUCCCGUCAUGAGCUUGAUAUUGCUAGAACGGAUAUAAACAAAUUAUCAGAGGCUGUACAGAGGGCUGAAGAAAAGUAUAGUCAUGAAAUGAUAUUGCAUUCCACAGAUAUACAAACUUUAACUCAAGUAAAGGAAGAUCUGUCUAGGGUUCAAAAUGAACUCAAUGAAAUGGUUGCAUUAAAGAAUACAACUAUUGAAAAAAUGGAGUCUCAAAAAGCCUCGUGGAUAGAGAGAGAAAAAAUGCUGGCAUCUGAAAAUGAACAACUGAUUCAACGUUUGAAAGACCUUAAUGAUCAAAACUCAUUAUUACAUGAUCAAAUCCAAGCUUUGGGUACACAACUUUCUGUUACUCAUGCUUCUCGAUCAUUUUCAGAAAGCAUGAAUGAAUCUGCUAAUGAUUCAAAUGUUAAUGUAUCUAUAAGUGAAGAGGAUGGAAAAUCAUCUGAACAAUUAUUCCAAAUUGUCAAGUUUUUACGAAAAGAAAAGGAUAUCGCAAUUGCGAAAUAUGAUAUAAUACAUGCUGAAGCAAUGCGAUUACGAUCACAGCUAGAAAUAACUGAAAAACAACUAGACGAAUGCAAAUUGGUUUUGGCAGCAGAAAGAGAAAGAUCAGAAAUAGGUAUGGUAACAGUCAAUAAACAGUCGGAUAUUCUAAGAAAAGUGGAAACACUAAAUGCAAUUACUGAUAGUAACAGAAUCCUAAGGGAAGAAAGAGACACAUUGUCUAAACGCGUUGAAGAACUUACAACACAAGUAAAACUAUUAGAGGAACAACUUGUUCCAUUACAGGAAAAAAUAUCGGACUUAACUUCAAAGAACGAAACAUUGCAAUCAGAAAAUACAUCUAUAAAGGGAGACUGUGCCCGUUGGAGAACUAGAGUUAACGCGUUAGUGGAACGUGCGAAUAAAACCAGCCCUGAAGAUUGGAAACGUUUACAAAACGAAAGGGAAACAUUGGCAAAAAUGCUUACCAAUGAAAAAGAAAGUCUCCGUAAAGUAACGGAAGAAUUAACGGCCAUAAAAGUAGAGAAAACAAAAUUAGAGGAACAGACUAUGGCCCUGUCUCGUCAACAGAAUGUCCUUAUGGAAGAAAACAAGAAACUUAAUGAAGAAUUACAAGUACUUAAGGAGGAUAUGGCUAGAGUUACGGAAGAGUUAGCUAAAUUAAAGGCUGAAAAUAAUUCUGUUUCUGACACUAACACAAAACUAACUGAAGAGCUAUCUAACAAAGAAGCUUUAUUUAAUGAUAUUAAAAAUAAGGAAAUGCAAAUACGCAAGAUUGCUAGAAAAUAUAAGUUACAAUACGACGAAUUAGUAAAAACCGUCGAAGAAGAGAAGAAAAAGAACGAAGGUGACGCAGAAGCCGCUGGUGCGGCAGCUGCUGAAAGUUCCAAAAAGAUUGAAGAACAGUUGAGUGACUUACAAAGUCAGUUAGAAGCUGAAAAGGCUAAUAAUGAUAAACUAAAACAGGAAUUGGAAACCUUAAGAACUGCCAAUUUGGAUAAAGAAGAGAAGGCUAAGCAAGUCUUGAAACAAGCUAAAAAUAAGAUUGUUCAGCUUACUGAAUUGAAAAACUUAUUAAGUCGUGAAUUAGAUGAAUCACGUUCGAAAAUAGAUACAAUUGAACAGAGUACAAGGGAUGAACAAGAUGUAAGAUUAGCGCUUAUAAAAUCUCAAUAUGAAGGACGACUAUCUCGGCUCGAAAAAGAGCGAGGAGAGGCACAAGCUGAACGAAGUAGAGAAGUUGAAGCGUUAAUGCAGAAAGUUAAUAUGUUACAAAGGCAACUAGCCAACCAGGCAUCAGCUUCGAAACAACAGGCCACGUCAGAUAAGGCAACUACAGAACCUCCAACAGCUAAUAUUAAACCCAUGGCAGGUAAGGUGGCUUAACUUGUCAAAUU